AUGGCCAUUUCAACGACAUCCCAACCUACUUAUGGACCAUCACCGAUAUUUGAUUAUGAAAAAUUUGAAAAACAAGAACAGAAUAAAGGGUCAAUUGUUGAACACAAAGUGAUUAAUAAAGAUGAUCCAAAAUAUACUGAGGCGAAGAAAAAAUCCACUGAGCAUCGAUAUUCAACCAUGAAUUUCCGUAUUUCGCCACGCAAACUCAGAUUUUUAGCAAAUCAAAUUGCUGGUAAACCUAUUAAUGAGGCUAUCAAACAAAUGGAAUUCUCGCAUAAGAGAGCAUCAAGAAAGAUUAUGAAUUCUUUGAUAACUGCUCGAGAUCAUGCUUGGAGAUAUAAAAUGAUGGAUGCUGAUAACGUUUUUAUUGAUCAGGCAUUCGUAGGUAAAGGCUUGUAUAGAAAAAAACCUAAUUAUGGUGCUCGUGGCAGAUUCAGUUUUUUGAAGAUAAAGAAAGCGCAUAUGAAAUAUAUUUUAAAAGUGAAGAAACCCGAAAUGGAUUUAGGUAUCGGUAACAAACGUACAGCGAAAACGUUUAAAAUGAUUUCAGAAAGCCAAAGUUGGCUCGAAAAUGAGCGGCGAAAAUUUGAAUCUUUUACUGAAGAGAAUUUUCGAGAUUUUUCGAUAGCAUGUCAACAGGAAGUUGACUGGCUAAAGAAUUAUUUACGUGACAUUAUUGCUCGUUCAAAAAAGAUCGAAAUUACACGUCCAAAUGAUUCGAAUAUUCCGCAAAAUUCACAAAAGACGAUUGCUAAACGCCUCGUGAAAACAAAACCAGAGAUUAAAUCGUUGGUGCGAGCCGCUGCUAUAAAAAAAGAACAAGAGAAACACGAAAAAAAAACUGCUGCAAAAGAAUGGGAAACGAAACGUUUGGCCGCUUCACAACGUAGACAAGAGGAGCAACAAAAACGUUUACAAAUUGCCAAACAACGUGAAGAAGAAUGGAAAAGAAAAGCAAACUUUAUUCCUGACUCAAAAAAAAAGGAGGAAGAGGGACUUAAAAAAAAACAAGUUUUGCAAAAAACUUUCGAGAUAAAAAAAAAGAAAGAUGGAGAUUUAAUUUUACAUAGCGAAGACAGCAGUGAAGAUGAUAGUUCUGAAGAUAUAGAGAAAUAUAAAAAUAUGCGUCCAAGCUGGUGUCAACCUCAUAAUAUAAAGGUUGCUUUAAUACGUCAAGCUUCCAUUGACCCAGAGACUAUUUUUGGCAGCAUACAACCGUUGGACAUGAGUG